AUGCGCCUACCGUUGAUGCUCUUUGCGGUCGUGUCGACGCUCCUCUCGUCGGCCACUGGAGAGCGGCUUCUGAUGUCUAGCUCGCUCAAUGCGUGCCAACAGGAUUCGAGCUUCAAGGCCUCCCUCUUCAAUGUCGUGUACACGCCCUCGAACAAUACCGCGAACGUUCAGAUGGUCGCAACGUCCUCGAUCGAAGGCAAGGUAGUGUUUGACCUUGCGAUAUCCGCCUAUGGCUACCAAUUCCUCCGCCAAACCCUGAACCCUUGCGAGAUGAAUCUGCCGGGCCUUUGUCCAAUGGUUGCCGGCAAAAUUCCGUUUGGCUUCACACUAAACGUCGGAGAGGAGGCGUCGAGACAGAUACCUGGAAUUGCUUAUAACAUCCCGGACCUUGAUGCCAAGGUUAAAGUUUUCGUCAACCUAACAUCGACCGGAGAGAGCGUUGCCUGCGUUGAAGCAGAUAUUUCCAAUGGCAAGACGGUUGACCUUUUUGGGGUUAAAUGGGCUACGGCGAUCAUCGCCGGACUUGCGCUUAUAUCCUCCGCAGUAGUCAAUGGCCUUGGCAACCCUAACGCCGCGGCUCAUGUUGCAGCAAAUUCCCUGGCUCUUUUCGGAUAUUUUCAAGCCCAGGCUAUCCUUGGCCUUACUGGUGUUAGCCUUCCGCCGAUUGUUCAGGCCUGGGCAAUGGAUUUCCAAUGGUCCAUGGGUAUUAUUCGCGUGGAAUUCAUGCAGACGCUCUUCACUUGGUAUCAGCGGGCCACGGGGGGGACGCCUGCGGCCAUCUUUGACUCGCUCACCACGGUCUCCGUUCAGGUCGCCAAGCGGGCGCUUAAACGUGCAGCUCCGGUCACAGAGUCGGGCAUGAAUCUUUUCACACGGAGUUUAGCAAUGAUGCCUGCGUCUAUUAUCCAACCGGCGGGCAAGCUCUUCAAACGCGGAAACAUCACAACGGGUUCCGGCUCAUUCCUCGUCUACGGCAUACAGCGAGUCGCGUUCCGAUCAAAGAUUGAGACGACGAAUCUAUUCAUGACGGGACUCGCAUUCUUCUACUUUUUCGUUUUGUUCACAGUGCUCGUCGUCAUCAUCCUCAAGACCGUCUUCGACCUCUGCGCCAAAAAGGGCUGGAUUGGCCCGGAGAAGUUCCUCGAGUUCCGAAAUGGAUGGCUCACGGUUCUCAAGGGCAUUCUUUUCCGCAUCGUUCUCAUCGGAUUUCCCCAGAUAUGCAUCCUUUGCUUUUGGGAAUUUACGCAAGCGGAUUCGCCGGCCGAAAUUGUCCUCGCGGCUGUGUUCUCUGCUGGGAUGAUCGCCACUCUCACCUGGGGGGCCUGCAAAGUCAUCCGCAUCGCCCGCCGUUCCAUCGCGAUGCACAGGAACCCAGCCUACAUCCUGUUCUCGGACCCCCAAACAUUGAACAAAUGGGGAUUUCUAUACAUUCAGUUUCGCGCAUCGGCGUACUACUUUAUUGCGCCUGUCUUGUGCUAUACGGUCAUCAAGGCCAUGCUUGUGUCGUUUGGACAGAACAACGGCACAGCCCAGGCAAUUGGGUUCGUUCUGGUCGAGGCCGCUGCGUUAAUAGCGGCUUCGGUACUGCGCCCGUGGAUGGACAAAAGCACCAACUCUUUUAAUAUUGCUAUCUGCACGGUCAAUUUCCUUAAUGCCUGUUUUCUGCUAAUAUUCGCCAAUAAGUUUGGGGCGCCUUUAAUCGUGGUCGGUACGGUCGGGGUCGUCUUGUUCGUCCUGAACGCCGCAUUCUCGCUUAUCUUGCUCCUCAUGGUAAUUAUAUCGACAACUGUUACCUUCUUCCGAAAGAAUCCCGACGCUCGGUAUCAGAUCAUGGCAGACGACCGCGCAUCCUUUAUGAAGUCGCAGACACAGCUCAACACCACGACUGAGCUUGACGCACUGGCUGCUACCGCCCGUGGCGACAAAACUGGCUACAAGCACCCGCUGGACCUGGACGAGGACAACCAUUCGUCAGCGCCCGGAAAGCCCGUUUCGGGCGGGGUCACCCAGGCCCAGGACUCCGCGGUCUCCAGCAUCGCCUGA